UGGCAUGGAGGAGGAGGAGGAGGUGGAGGAGCGAGAGGAGGAGGAGGAGGCGGCGGCGGCGGCGGCGGCGAGCAGUUGAUCAUUGUGAUGGUGGCAGGAGCAGCGGCGGCAGCGGCAGCCCAGCCGAGCGUUAGGGGCUGCUCUCCGCGCGGCGUUUUGCAAAGGACUUCACCGAUCUACUUUUGCAGUCGCCUCGGACUGUCCAUGUGUUUACUUCCCCCAGCCCGAGGAUUCGAUAUCUAGGUUCCUGUGAAAUGCAGCUGAGCAGCCAAAGUACUUUGAGAACACGGGGCGGCAUAAACACCAAAACUUUUUUGUGGAAGGAAAAUGCAAUAAGCAAGCUUGCCGUUUUCCGAUGCGGCGUGGAGUGAGUGUGUGUCGCGCGUGUCCGCACUGAGGCAUAUGCUUGUGUGUGUACAUGGGUUGUGUUUUUCGGUACGUAGGGAGAAAAUGCUUGCCAACCACCGGAAAUCUCUUGGAAUUUAUUAGAAAAUAAUGGAUUAUGAAAAGAAGGCAGGCGCAGAGCGGAUCUUCCCUUGAGUUGCAACCCGAUUUGCUGCUGGCUCAGUUUGUUGUGAUUCUUUUUGUUGAUAGGUGUCUGAUGGUAUUCUGAUAACACCCCCCUUUUUUCCCCUCGAGCUUUACAGUUUAAAAAAAGGAAACAAAAAAACCACCCCAAAAUCUCUCCCCCCUCUUUUUUUUUUUCGCCCGGUCGGGAUCGCUGUUUCCAUCCAUGUGCUUGCGUCUCCCCCGCGUUCCACUUAAACUAUUUUAAUCCUUGGACCCAAGGAGGAGGCUGAUAGGGGGUGGAUAAAAAAAGUUCUUCCAAAAUAGUGUGCCCGGGGAGCAGGAUGGGGGAUUUCGCAGCCCCCGCUGCUGCCGCGAAUGGCAGUAGUAUUUGCAUCAACAGUAGCCUGAACAGCAGCCUCGGCGGGGCCGGGAUCGGUGUGAAUAAUACUCCCAAUAGUACUCCCGCUGCUCCGUGUAGCAAUCACCCGGCUGCCGGCUGCGGCACCGGCGGCUCCGGGGGCCCGGGCGGCGGACCGGCGGCCGUCCCCAAGCACAGCACGGUGGUGGAGCGGCUCCGCCAGCGCAUCGAGGGCUGCCGGCGGCACCACGUCAACUGCGAGAACAGGUACCAGCAGGCUCAGGUGGAGCAGCUGGAGCUGGAGCGCCGGGACACCGUGAACCUCUACCAGCGGACCUUGGAGCAGAGGGCCAAGAAAUCUGGCGCCGGCGCCGGCAAGCAACAGCACCAGAGCAAACCCCAGCAAGAUGCGGAGGCUGCCUCGGCGGAGCAGAGGAACCACACGCUGAUCAUGCUCCAAGAGACUGUGAAAAGGAAGUUGGAAGGAGCCCGAUCACCACUUAAUGGAGACCAGCAGAAUGGGGCUUGCGAUGGAAGCUUUUCUCCAACUAGCAAGCGGAUACGAAAGGACAUUCCCACGGGGAUGGAAGCCAUCAACAAUUUACCCAACAACAUGCCACUGCCUUCAGCUUCUCCGCUUCACCAACUUGACCUGAAGCCUUCUUUGCCUUUGCAGAAUAGUGGGACUCACACUCCUGGGCUUCUGGAAGACUUGAGUAAGAAUGGGAGACUCCCAGAACUUAAACUUCCUGUGAAUGGUUGCAAUGACCUGGAGGACAGCUUCACCAUCUUGCAGAGCAAAGAUCUCAAACAGGAACCUCUCGACGACCCUACUUGCAUAGACACAUCAGAAACCUCUCUUUCCAAUCAGAACAAGCUGUUCUCAGACAUUAACCUGAACGAUCAGGAGUGGCAGGAGUUAAUAGAUGAACUGGCCAACACUGUUCCUGAAGACGACAUACAGGACCUGUUCAAUGAAGACUUUGAAGAGAAGAAGGAGCCGGAAUUCUCGCAACCGGCCACAGAGACCCCGCUGUCCCAGGAGAGCGCCAGCGUGAAGAGCGACCCGUCUCACUCUCCCUUCGCGCACGUCUCUCUGGGCUCCCCCCAGGCCAGGCCUUCUUCUUCGGGUCCUCCCUUCUCCACCGUCUCCACGGCCACCAACUUACCUUCUGUGGCCACCACUCCCGUGGCGCCCAACCCUGCCAGCUCCCCAGCGAACUGUGCGGUCCCGUCCCCUCAAACUCCGAACCCAGCUCACACGCCGGGCCAGGCUCCGUCUCGGCCCGGAAAUGGUUAUCUCCUUAAUCCCGCAGCCGUGCCGGUGGCCGCUGCGGGCUCGGGCCCCGGGGCCGUGCCCGGCUCUGACCUGUCCCCUGCCGAGCAGCUCAAGCAGAUGGCCGCGCAGCAGCAGCAAAGGGCCAAACUCAUGCAGCAGCAGCAGCAGCAGCACUCAAAUCAGACUUCCAGUUGGUCUCCCUUAGGGCCUCCAUCCAGUCCCUACGGAGCAGCUUUCCCGGCGGAAAAACCAAAUAGCCCCAUGAUGUACCCCCAAGCCUUUAACAACCAAAAUCCUAUAGUGCCUCCCAUGGCCAACAACCUGCAGAAGACGACAAUGAAUAACUACCUCCCUCAGAAUCACCUGAAUAUGAUCAAUCAGCAGCCAAAUAACAUGGGUACAAACUCCUUAAACAAACAGCACAAUAUUCUGACUUAUGGCAACACUAAGCCUCUGACCCACUUUAAUGCCGACUUGAGUCAGAGGAUGACGCCCCCGAUGGCCAAUCCCAACAAAACCCCCCUCACGCCCUACAUCCAGCAGCAGCCCCCGCAACCGCAGCCCCCGCAGCAGCCCCCACCUCAGCUCCAGGCCCCCAGGGCACACCUAAGUGAGGACCAGAAGCGCGUGCUCCUCAUCAAGCAGAAGGGAGUGAUGAGUCAGCCCAUGGCUUACCCGGCGCUGCCAUCCCACGGUCCGGAGCAGCACCCAGUGGGGCUUCCCCGGACCACGGGCCCCAUGCCGUCCUCUGUGCCCCCAGGCUCAGGGGGCAUGGUCUCCGGAGCGGGGCCUGCGGGGCCAGGCUUCCUGGGCAGCCAGCCCCAGACAGUCCUCAUGAAGCAGAUGCUCAUUGACCAGCGGGCCCAGCUGAUGGAGCAGCAGAAACAACAGUUCCUGCGGGAGCAGAGGCAGCAGCAGCAGCAGCAGCAGCAGCAGCAGCAGCAGCAGAUUCUCACAGAGCAGCAGCUGCAGCAGCCACACUUACCCCGGCAGCACCUGCAGCAGCAGCAGCGGAAUCCAUACCCAGUGCAGCAGGUCACCCAGUUUCAAGGGUCUCCCCAGGAUAUAGCAGCUGUGAGGAGCCAGGCCGCCCUCCAGAGCAUGCGAACCUCACGGCUGAUGGCACAGAACGCAGGCAUGAUGGGAAUGGGACCCUCCCAGAACCCAGGGACAAUGGCCGCAGCGGCCGCCCAGUCAGAGAUGGGACUGGCCCCUUACAGCAACACAACUACCAGCCAACCGGGAAUGUACAGCAUGAGCACAGGAAUGACCCAAGUGUUGCAGCACCCAAACCAAAGCGGUAUGAGUAUCACACACAACCAAGCCCAGGGGCCGAGGCAGCCCUCCUCGGGGCAAGGGGUAGGGAUGGUGAGUGGGUUUGGUCAGAGCAUGCUGGUGAACUCGCCCAUGACCCAGCAGCGCCAGCAGAUGAAGGUAGGCCAGGCCUUGCCCAGGCCCCAGGGCCCGCCAAGGCUGCAAAGCAUCAUGGGAACAGUCCAGCAGGGAAGCCAGAGCUGGCAACAGAGGGGCUUACAGGGGAUGCCUGGGAGGACUAGUGGAGAGUUAGCAUCAUUCAACAAUGGCGCCAGCUACCCACUGCAAGCUGGCCAACCGAGGCUGACCAAGCAGCACUUCCCCCAAGGACUGAGCCAGGUGGUGGAUGCGAACACUGGCGGGGUGAGAACUCUCAACCCGGCCGCCAUGGGUCGGCAGAUGAUGCCGCCGCUCCCGGGGCAGCAAGGCACCAGCCAGGCCAGGCCCAUGGUCAUGACGGGCCUGAGCCAGGGCGUUCCCGGCAUGCCAGCCUUCGGCCAGCCCCCGGCACAGCAGCCGAUGCCCAGUGCCAGCUUUGCCUCCAGCAGCCAGAACCAAGCCUAUGAGAGGAACCCCCCUCAGGACAUGUCAUACAAUUACAGUGGCGACACGGCUGGGGCAUCCUUCCCCGGCCUCUCGGACGGUGCCGACCUUGUGGACUCCAUCAUCAAAGGUGGACCGGGGGACGAGUGGAUGCAGGAGCUGGAUGAAUUGUUUGGAAACCCCUAGUCAGGAGCGGCCCUGGCCACCACAACUCCAGUGGUUUAAAGCUCCAACCGUGAAAAAGAAACAGGAUGUCACCGCAUCCUUGUUUUUUGUGUUGUUUUUUUGACCCACGUGAUCUGAGCAAAGCUGCAGCCAGCUGACUGUGGAAGAUCCAGGCGCCAAUCCACAGCCCUGCCAGGCCCCGUUUCACCUGAUUUUCACACAGCAAUGGAGACAGACGCCCUGCGGAUCCUGCUGCAAGAGAGGGAGACACGCCAGAGGUGGGCAGAGAAGAUGAUUCCGGAGCCCUCAGCUUGGCCCUCCCUGUGGUCACCCGGCCCAACAACAGCCACUCUGGCCAAGACAGACUGCUGCCCAAUGUGAGGUAGCCGUCGGUGCCUCCUUGCCUUGGCCCAGGUCUACAGCUUUGGACACCCAGAGGGGAGAAAGCCUGGGGCCGAGAGUCCCACGGAGGCUGCUGGGUGGUGGCAGAGGCCAAGAGCACAGGUCAGAUACACGCUGAACUCUGGCUGCAGAGAGAUGUCAGCCUUCAAGACACACUACUGGGUUUGGAGAGAAGGUGCAAAGAACAGUGAGAUGUCACAGGAAGACGAGACCCUACAGGCCUGUAUCCUGCUCGUGAUGACCUGCAGGAAUUUUAGAGCUUGGAAAAGGGUUCUGGCAGUCCUGGGUGGGCAGCCCUCUGCUGAUGACCAUGGUGGCUUUUACUCCGGGGAGUUGGCCUGGCGUUUCCUGGGGGCCCGGUACAACCCGAUAUAUCUCAGCCGGUCCCAUCUACUCCGGGAGACCGAGGAUGGGGAGGCCCGGGGUGGAUGCUGUGAGUCUGUCCGUGCAGCCGCCUUCCCCAACUGGUCCCUGCCCUCGUUCCUCCUCACCUCCGCCCCAGCCUGCCUGAGCUGGUCCUUGCAGACUAUCCAAGAAGAAAUGAAGCUUUUGUCUUCAGGGAGCUUGGGUGGAGGGAAAAUAAGAGCAAGAAGAACUUAGACAAUGCCUGAAAUACAAAGGCCACACUGGAGUUUUUCUUUCUUUGCCUGGAACAGAGCGGGUUGCUCUGCUGCUGGUCGUGGGUUUCCAUGAGCUGCAUCUGAUAUUUCUGGGACACUAGGGAGGACCAGCCUGGACAUCACUGGCUCUGGUUCCCUUUAGGAAAAUCCCAGGGGUGAUACUCUUAAAGCAGCCUGACCCUUCAUCCCUUCUCACCAGAAAGACAACUCUCAAGCCCUGAAAGCUGAUGAACUGAAAAACCCAUUGCUCCACUUCACCCAUUUUGGUAAUGAAAAGAGGGAAGGUAUGGUUCCUUUCCUUGGGCAAAGCGAUCCCCUCUUGAAGUUCUGUACAGUUGUUCUUUGUGUAAUUCACCCAGAUCUGUCCUAAGUGAAGUCUGUUGGAAGGGAUCCACAACCUCUGCUGCUGGAGGGCUGGUCUCAUCUGCCCUCCCCUCCCCUCCCACUGGCCUGUUUCGGAGGCCAUGGGACAUAGCUCUUGUCCUAAGUGAGUGAGCGUGGCAUAAGCUUUUCUCCUGCCAUCCCUUCCCUCCAUGCCCAAAAGGCAGGCUUGCUUCUGUGCACUCACAUGUCACUUGCCACACCAGAGCCCCAGCCCAGCCUGGGGAGUCACACUGGGCCAGGUCCUGGGACUGAAGCGGGUAAAAGUGAAGAGCUGGGACAGAGGAUGUAGAGAGGCAGCAGGCAGGCAAACACUGCCCGGGACCUGCUCGCCAAGUACCAAGCUCAUAGCUCUCCUCGGCAAGGGGCAGGCUGGAGACCAGAGGGGGCCAUGUGGGCGAGGACCCGGGUCGGGGCUGUGGUCCCUGGGGGAAGAGGUGGUGGCAGGCUGACCACGAAUUCCCUGCGUGGGGAGGGCCACCGCCAGGGGAAGCUCUCGAAUGGAAGCAGAUGAAAACCAAAAACAAACAAGGGAAAGUGAAGAAACGAGAAGACACAGAAAUAUAUAAUUACCUUUUUCUGAAAGGUACAGAAAUAAAUAUAUAAGUAAUGAUGAGGAACUGGAGGUGGCUGAUGGAGGGGGAGAGGGGGCCUCUGUUCUCUCUUAAAUGCUUCCUCCAAAUGCUCAAUACUGGGACCAACUACAUAGAGAGGUAGAUUUUAAUAAGGUGGCUUCGUUUUGUUUUUUGUUUUUACUACGGUGCUGAUGUAUAUGUAAUGUCUAAAAAAAAAAGUUAUUUGUAAAUAAGUUUUUACAAUACUACAGAUAUCACUGGGUCUACUAUCUGUAAAAAAUAUACAUAUAAAUAUAUAUAUACUGUUUGUUUAAAAUAGAGUAUUUUUAUUUCAUUCCUUAACUCAUCAUCCCAGCAGUGGUAUUGCACUUCAGAUGAUAUCGAAUUACUAAUUUGUACUGUAUAAUCUAUGGCAACUUCCUCCAUUUGAUUCAGAUUUUUCUAGUUUUCUGGUUUUACUUUGUACAUUGAGCAUUGCUUCUUUCCUUUUGAGAAAUGUACAGAACUCGGAAAUGUAGAAAUGAAGUGACGUUGGCAUACCACUUUUAAAGAAAAAAUAAAUAAAAGAUCGUUAUCUGAA